AGUAACGGCGCCGUAGCCGCCUGUAAGGCCCCAGCAACUGCUCAGCCGCGUGGCCCCAGUUCAGCCGGCUCCCAGCAGCUGUCCAGGCGCCCGCUCUGCCCCCAGCCCAGGCUGCCACACCACAGCCCCCGCACCUCUCCCUCACACUCGGGCCCGGCAGGACGCGCAGCACGAGCCUCGCAGGGCUCCUGCCCGCGGGGCGGGGUCAGCGGCGCGCGUCCCGCUGAUUGGGCCGGGCCCGCGCGGCGCCGUGACAUCACGGCCAGCGAGGCGCCAUAAGGUGCGGCGGCGGCGGCGCCGCCUCAGACCGCUGCGGUGGUAGGGGCGGAGGAGGGUCGAGUUUGGCCGGUGCUAGCGGUCGGAGGCGUAGCGGCGCUGCGCGGCCUGAGCGUCUCGCUAUGACCCGUGGGAACCAGCGUGAACUUGCUCGCCAAAAGAACCUGAAGAAAACUCAGGAGAUCCACAAAGGCAAAAGGAAAGAAGAUAGCUUGUCUGCUUCUCAGAGGAAACAGAGGGAUUCUGAAAUAAUGCAACAAAAGCAAAAGGCAGCUAAUGAAAGGAAGUCUCUGCAGGCAGGAGCAAAAUGAGCUGCCGCUAUGGAGAAGAUAGAGUGCACCAAUGAAGCAGAAGGACCUAGAAGAUCAUACAUAAAAUCGGCCAUUAAAUAAAUAAAUGUUUAUUUUGCAGAGUUGUUCAACUAGCAUUACUUCGAGUAUUUUCUGGUUACUAUAGGCCUAGUUGUCUAUAGUGCUCUUUCAAAACUGACUAUACUCUUCUGCAUGUCUGUGAAUAAAAGUACCAAGCAAUAGCUUUAUUCUAGCUUUUGCUGCAUUUGUUAGUUUUACUUAAUGGUUCCAGUAACAGAAUUUCAGAAGUUAGACCAGACUUGGUUGCCUGAAUUCUUGAAAGUACACCUUCAUUCAGAAUGGAACAGACUUGUAAGAUGUGCUUCACCUUGUGGAGGUCUGAACUGUAAAUCUCAAAAUAUUUUUACAAUAAAAUGAUGCAUAUGAAGUACUAUCU